AUGGAAGAAACAUUUGUUCCUUUUCGCGGAAUUAAGAAUGAUUUCAAAGCAAGAAUUAUGUGCUACAAACAAGAUUGGACUAGUGGAUUCCGCGCAGGUGCAAGGAUCCUUGCACCAACUACAUACAUAUUUUUUGCUUCUGCAAUUCCUGUUAUUUCUUUUGGGGAGCAACUCGAGAGAACUACUGAUGGAACUCUCACUGCUGUGCAGACUCUUGCAUCAACUGCUCUAUGUGGUAUUGUCCACUCGGUUAUUGGAGGGCAACCUCUCCUCAUACUAGGUGUAGCCGAGCCAACCGUUCUGAUGUAUACAUUCAUGUACAAUUUCGCAAAGGAUCGUGAGGAUUUAGGACACAAAUUGUUCUUGCCUUGGACUGGAUGGGUGUGCGUUUGGACUGCACUGUUGCUGUUCUUGCUGGCUAUUCUUGGUGCAUGCUCCAUAAUCAACCGGUUCACGCGCCUUACCGGUGAACUAUUUGGUCUGUUAAUUGCAAUGCUCUUUAUGCAGCAGGCUAUAAAGGGACUUGUGGAAGAGUUUGGUGUACCAAAGACACAGACAGAAGGUACCAAUCAAAUUGCACUUCAAUCCUCUUGGCUGUUUGGCAAUGGAAUGUUUGCUUUAGUUUUGUCGUUCGGCCUUCUUUUUACCGGUCUGGGAAGCCGCAAGGCUAGAUCCUGGCGAUACGGGACAGGUUGGCUACGAGGACUUAUAGCUGAUUACGGAGUCCCCUUAAUGAUUCUCGUAUGGACUGCUGUAUCUUACAUACCUGUUAACAAAGUCCCAAGGGGAAUCCCGAGGCGGCUUUUCAGUCCAAAUCCAUGGUCUCCUGGUGCAUACUCAAAUUGGACUGUUGUAAAGGAAAUGUUGAACGUACCUCUAUUGUACAUCAUUGGAGCAUUUAUACCAGCAACUAUGAUUGCCGUGCUUUACUACUUUGAUCACAGUGUUGCAUCACAACUUGCGCAGCAAAAAGAGUUCAAUCUAAGGAAACCUUCAUCUUAUCAUUAUGACUUACUACUCCUUGGAUUUUUGACCUUAUUCUGCGGGCUUAUAGGAAUCCCUCCUUCCAACGGUGUGAUUCCGCAAUCUCCAAUGCAUACCAAGAGCUUAGCUACUCUAAAACAUCAGAUUUUACGGCAUAAGCUCGUCUCUACUGCACGAACGAGCAUGGAGAAAAACAUGAACCUGAGUCAGUUUUACGAAAGUAUGAGAGAAGCAUAUGACGUAAUGCAGACACCAUUGGUUUCCCAAAUGCCACCCACAUUGGGGCUUAAAGAGUUGAAGGAGUCUACCGUUGCAUUGGCUUCAAGUCAUGGAUACAUUGAUGCUCCUGUUGAUGAAAUCGUCUUUGAUGUGAAUAAGGAUGUUGAUGACCUUAUGCCAGUCGAAGUUAAAGAGCAGCGCCUCAGCAAUCUAUUGCAGGCAUCAAUGGUUGCGGCUUGUGUUGCCGCUAUGCCUCUUUUGAAGAAGAUACCAACUUCAGUGCUUUGGGGUUACUUUGCCUUCAUGGCUAUUGAAAGCUUGCCAGGAAAUCAAUUUUGGGAGAGAAUAUUGUACCUUUUCACUGCUCCAAGUCGAAGAUACAAACUGCUGGAGGAACACCAUGCAACUUUUGUUGAGACUGUGCCUUUGAAAGCAAUUGCUCUGUUUACUCUGUUCCAGACAGCUUACUUGCUUCUCUGCUUCGGCAUAACCUGGAUACCAAUCGCUGGGGUCCUCUUCCCAUUGUUAAUCAUGCUUCUUGUCCCGGUUCGGCAAUAUUUUCUUCCCCAUUUUUUCAAAGGAGCCCAUCUUCAAGAGUUGGACGCCGCAUCAUACGAGGAAGCACCUGCCAUUACUUUCAACAUGUCCUUUGAUGAUCUAAGUAACCACGGAACAACGGCCAAUGUCAGUGGUGGAGAAAUUCUUGAUGAGAUUAUCACGAGGAGUCGCGGAGAGAUACGUCGCACUCAAAGCUCUAAAGCAUCUAGUUCAUCUGCAACACCAAUAGGAGGAGAUAUAAGACCUGCUAAUAGCCCACAAAUACCGCGAAUGAUUCCCAGCCCUCGAGUAACCGCAUUGAGAGGGGAAAGCAGCAGCGUAGGAUCAAACGGAAAGGAGUUAAAGUUAAAGCAAAUUCCUUGA